CCUGCGCCUGCCCGUGGCCUCGCCCGCUGGCUGGGCUCCCUGGCCGUCCUUCUGCCGCGCCUCGGUCUUCUUUGCGCUGUGCGCGGACGACGGGGACAUCAUCGUCGCGGGGCCCCCAGAGGCCGCGCCGCGGGGCUGCGGCGCCUUCCGCUCCGAGCCGCCGCGGCUCGGCUUCGCCCUCCGCGAGGAGCAAGGGCCCCGGCCCGACUUCGAGCGCCAGGUGGUCAGCCGCCUCGUCGAGGCGGGGGCUGCUCUCGUGCCUGUGCUUCGCCUGCCGCCUCAUCGGCUCGACGCGGCGACUUGUGAGGUGCUUCGCAUCUUCCAGGGCUUGCUGCUACUUGCCGUCGUGGAGCUCGGGCGGGGCGUCGCGAGCGUCGCGUGCUACUCCGUCGCCUCCGAGCACAGUUUCGCCGUCUAUCGGACCCCCGUCUCCGACGGCAGGACCCGUAACCGCGAGGCCCGCGCCGCUCUCAUGGGGCUCGAGGAGUGCCGCGUCGAUCCGGGCCACCACUCCACCGUCCUAUUGCCCGUGGGCGACAACGUGCCCGAGGCGGCGGGCGACGUCCGCUGGGCGCGGCGCCACAUCGAGACGCACCGCGACCGGAGCGACUACGGCAUUCGACUACCUCCCCUUCGGCCAGGCGAGGCCCGGCGCGGGGCGGCGGCUCGCCAGCUGGGCUCCAGGCGGCCGCGGGGCGCUUUGCUCGCGGAGGAGCGUGCCCCAGCGCCGCCCGGCCCGGGCGCCGCCGCCCCCGCGGCCGACCCGCUGGAUCGGCUGUCCCCAGCCCGGCGCCGCCGAGGGCGGCAGCCGCGGGAGCCCUGCGACCGCCGCCCGUUUCAGCAGCCGCAGUGCUGCCUGGAGCUCUUCGCGGGGUUC